AGCAAUCUCAGCGGCGCCACCUUAAAAACACAGUCGCGCCGAUAUGUCAAUCCAGACGCGACCCAGACAGACCUCGGCCCUGGAGCCCAGCCAUGAGAGCCGCGUUCUGAUUGGCUGAGCGCAGCCUUCCUUUUGAGACUCGCCCUGCUAUUGGCUGGAGCCGUGCGGACUCCACUCGCACAAUGUCUACCCGCUUUUGUUAUUGUAGCGAGCGGCCAGGAUGCGGAGACAGCGAGCCUGAUAGACCGCUAUCGACUCCGAUACAUUCAAAUUAGAUGUUGGAGGGGGAAGGGUACACGAUUUACUACCUCUCCGUCCUCGUCCAGAAGACAGCUUUUCGCUAUCCUCCAACAAUACGACCGAUGUAGCAGGAGGAUGUCCGUGAACCCUCCCAACAGUAAUGACGCCUGCCUCAGUAUCGUGCACAGCCUCAUGUGCCACAGGCAGGGCGGCGAAAACGAGGGCUUCGCCAAGCGUGCCAUCGAGAGCCUGGUCAAGAAACUGAAGGAGAAGAAGGACGAGCUGGACUCCCUCAUCACCGCCAUCACCACCAACGGAGUCCAUCCCAGCAAGUGUGUGACCAUCCAGAGGACGCUGGACGGACGCCUGCAGGUUGCCGGUCGUAAAGGUUUUCCUCAUGUAAUCUACGCACGGUUGUGGCGCUGGCCUGACCUUCACAAGAACGAGCUGAAGCAUGUGAAAUUCUGCCAGUACGCAUUUGACCUCAAGUACGAUAAUGUGUGUGUGAACCCUUACCAUUAUGAGAGAGUGGUGUCACCCGGCAUCGUUGGUCUCAGUCUUCAAAACACGGGUCCCAUUGGCAGACUAAUAAAGGAAGAGUACAGCCACGACUGCAUCCAGAUGGACGUCCCCCCAGGCAUGCCUCCUCAGCAGGACCACCAGGGGGCGAUGAAACUCCCUCCUCCGGACCACUACGGCCAGCCCCUUCCUCCUCUACAGCUGCCUUCAGAGCCCAGCCGCGCGCCCCCAGCAGUCACCCUUUACUCCAACAUGCCCCUCUCCCCCGCCGGCUCUAUGAUGCCGAUGCAGGGAGGUCACGGUGAAGGCUUGCUUCAGAUUGCGUCUCCUCAGGGUCAAGUCAUGACCCCUACACCUCCCCCCUCCACCCCCACACAUGGACCCCCACAGACCCCCGUCCCACCCCAGCCUCCACCCAAUCAGAACGGCUACAACAGCUCCAAACACUCCCAGACGCAAGGCUCCUUUCACACAGCAACCUGGACAGGCAGCAGCACAGCCUCCUACACUCCCGUAGGACCCCAGCAAAACGGACGCGGCCACCAGCCUCCUCUCCAUCACGCACACUUCUGGUCUCAACAUCACAGUUCAGCGUCUUUCCCUCCUCCAGUCUCCAACCAUCCAGGUCCUGAGUUUUGGUGCUCCGUCUCAUACUUCGAGAUGGAUGUGCAGGUGGGGGAGAUGUUUAAAGUGCUGUCCAGCUGUCCGGUGGUGACGAUUGACGGGUAUGUGGACCCCUCAGGAGGCGACCGCUUCUGCCUGGGUCAGCUCAGUAACGUGCACCGCACAGACGCCAGCGAGCGCGCCAGGUUGCACAUUGGUAAAGGAGUGCAGCUGGAGUGUCGAGGAGAGGGGGAUGUGUGGAUGCGCUGCAUGAGCGAUCAUGCCGUGUUUGUGCAGAGUUAUUACCUGGACAGAGAAGCAGGUCGAGCGCCAGGAGACGCAGUGCACAAGAUCUACCCAGGGGCCUACAUAAAGGUGUUUGACCUCAGGCAGUGUCACAGACAGAUGCAGCAGCAGGCGGCCACGGCGCAGGCAGCAGCAGCAGCACAGGCCGCAGCGGUGGCGGGGAAUAUCCCAGGACCAGGAAGUGUUGGUGGAAUCGCUCCUGCAGUCAGCCUCUCGGCAGCAGCAGGGAUUGGUGUGGAUGAUCUCCGGAGGCUGUGCAUCCUGCGCCUGAGCUUCGUGAAGGGCUGGGGUCCUGACUACCCCCGGCAGAGCAUCAAGCACACCCCCUGCUGGGUGGAGGUGCACCUACACCGGGCGCUGCAGCUGCUGGACGAGGUGCUGCACACUAUGCCACUGGCAGACCCUGGACCUGCUAACUGAGAGCCAACAAUACACAGCCAACACUCACCACACAGACACUGGACUCACUACAGUAAGCGUGCGAAGUGCUGACCUGCUACAGUGUGCUUUGCACUUUUAUCAGUCAUUAGAAAUACCCAUGAAAACACCACAGAAAUACACUAUUCUAAAAUUCAUGUUCUGGAAAGAUAUUUCAGUGCAUUUUCUUGUUCUAUUGUGAAAUGUUGCAUUUCUUUUCGGGUUCAUCUCACAAAAACAUGUCUAGGUCAUAUUUUGCUCUGAUAUAAAAAAUUAUAUUUGCUUAAAGACAAUGGAGACUGAUGGGUUUUUUUUGCAUUAUGACUAGGGUUGCAAAGGGGCAGAACAUUUCUGAAAAUGUUCCUAAAAUUCACAAACUUUCCCAAAAAUUCAAGAAAGUUUCUGGAAAUUUACCAAACAUUUACUACCUCUUUGCAGCCCUAAUUAUGACAUUAUUUUUAAUUAUUGAAGCACAUUUUGCUGCUAAAAUAACUGACAUUUUUCCAGAUGUUUUGAGGUUGUUUGUUUAUGCAGUGGUGAUUCUUAUCAGAUUACUGUAUAUUUUUGAUUUAAAAUAAUGAUUAGUUUGAUUUCAAUUCAGCAUAAAUUAAGGAAGGUCCAAAAAAAAUAAUAAUUACAAUUAAAGUUAUACAAAUAUAAUAAUUAAUAUUUGUACAUUAAUCUGUGUUGUUUUUUGAACAGUCAGGUAGUAUUCUCAUUAAAUAUUUAAAAUAACAAUUGUGUUAUAUAUAUUUAUAUAUGAAUAAUAAAGAAUACAAAAUAAAAGAAGAAUAAUGUUAGAUAUAUUAUAUCAUGAUCAUUUUUACAAUAUUAUUUCAAUGGAAAAUGGGGGAAAUAAGAUUGAUUAUUAAGAAAAUAAUUCUGUAAAAAAGUGUUUUUUUUCUCUCUUUAUACAGAAUAUCAUUUCAAUUUAUUUCUCUUGUUUUUACGGUGAAAUAUGACUUUGACAUGUUCUUGAUGGGAUUUGUGAGACUCUGUUUAAAUUAGAUGUAUAUACCUUAGCGCUACAGGUCUACAAACGAAUGCAAGUUUACACAGGGUUGAUUGCAGAUUAAGUUCAGGGAAAUAGCUUUAUUGUUCAUAUGCCUUUCUAGCUUUGCACAUCAUGCAGGUAUGCUAAGAAAAGAGUCUAUUAGUUUUGCAAUACUGGUAGAAAAAGCUUAAAAUCUGUCCUUGCAAGAACUACAUUUAUGGGUCAGUGUCUGAACGUAAAACGAAAGGCAAGUAUAACUCCUGCUUUUGCAGUGGCCUUGGUUUCAGAAGUAUUUUUCCAUUCAUUCACUCCAUGAGAGUCCAAGCUACAAGAUUAACAUUUCAAAACAUAUGCAUUUUAAAUUUAAAUGAAUUUUGCAUGCUAUAUAUUUGAAGUUUAUUGCAGAAUAUUUGUUCAAAUACUGGGUAGAGAGACUGACUCGAAUCUCUGUGGAGAAAAUGAAUGGUAUUUUUACUUUUGGUGCCAUACGGUUGUGGUCUGUUUCACUCUGGCGACACAAGUGAGGAAGAGACUUUUCGACCUCUAAUCAAGUUUUUUGCAUAAACUCUUGAUCUAGAGUUUCUUGGGUUUGGUAGCACUAACUGCCUCAGAGCAAAUCACUAUUUUGGCGCUGGUCACUUCAGGAAGCGUUGGAAAGGACCAGCUGAUGUAGAUGCAAACCUGCCUCUGAGAGACAUACUGAACCAGACAGAUAACAGGACACACUGUCAAAACGAAACGCUCAUCGUCUCUCUGCUUGUGCUGUGUUACUCGACAUGUGGACCUCAACUCAGCUUCGAUGCAGCUUACUAUCCAGGCAUCUUCUUAGUUAGACUUGCAAUAGCCUUCCAGCUCCUUUAUUUUCAUAACCCCUCCAAAAAAGAAGAAGAAAAAUAGUUCAGCUUUAAAACGGUGGUAUUAGUAUUGUGACGCAGUUCGGUGUUUGUAACCAAAUCAUUUGCCAUGUCACCAAAGCCAGAUUACCUCAUGAUAAUCGAGCAUGAACCCAGUGGAUUUUACUUUAUGCCAAAUUGUGUCUGGAAUCUUCUAGUUUCUGGACGUCAUGUUCACCUCAUACUUUAACCAAAUUAAAACAGGGCGUGUCUUGAACCGAAUGUAGAGCCUUGAUGCACCGACUGACCGAUUUCAAACAACGGGUUUUUGCCAACACCAGUAACUCAGCUUCAGCUUUUAUCUCAUCCAGAAACUCUUGUCUGGAUUGUGACCAAAAUUCAGCCCCAUACCACUUUAACAUUUUGCAAACGGGUAGAACAUCUAAACUUCAAACUUUGAGCAAAGAGCAUUAUGGUUUUGCAGCCUUCCCAAAAUGAAAUGUCUAUAUUAUACUGCACACUUACAGUAAAUUUUGCAUUUAUUGAAAGACCCUUCAUUUUGGCUUUUUUUAAGAUGUAUGUCCAGUACAAUUGCAAAUAUUUAGUAACUGAAAAUAUAAUAGUAAAAGUGGAAUGCCAUUAUAGAACGUUAAAGUCAACAUGAAAUCAAGAUUCAUCCUGUUCACUUUCUAAACACAUGUUCCUGAUCUUAUCUUAUUGAUGCAACAAUAAUAAAUUACGUUUUCAAUUAUGUUUAAAUAGAAAACUCAUUGUAAAAAUAUUUCAUUAUUAUUUUUGUUUUACAGAGACAUGGGAAUGGAAGAAAAUAUGGGAUGGGAGGAAAAAUAAUAUUUAGUAAAAUUCAAAAAAAUAAUAUUUACAUUUUAUAUUCUAGUAUUGCAUUUCACCAAGAAACCUCCUCUCACAAAUGUGUGUAAUUUGCGAUCUCUUGCAAACAUUUUUGAUCUCUUAGAAAAUAUUUGCGCUUUCAUUAAGACAAAAAGGCGUAAAUCAUUUGCGAUAUUGUGCAAUAUUUUCCAUCUCUCACAAUAUAUUUUAGAACGGGUAAAUAUUUGCGAUCAAACAAUAUUUGUCAUCUCAGAAAAUAUUUGCAAUCUUUUGUAAAAAAAAAUUUGUAAUGUCUUGCAAAACAAUUUCAGUCUCUUAACUUUUGCGAGGUCACACGAAAUUGUCUUGGAAAAUAUCUCUUGCAAAAUAUUAGCGAUUUCUAGUUGACAUUUCCUAUCUCUCGCAAACAAUUUGUGAUUUCACAAAAAAAAAAUUUGCAAAAAAUUGCAACGUCGCACAAUAUACGCCAUGUUUUGUAAAAUGCGCAAUCUCUCGCAAAAUAUUCGCGAUCUCGUUAAACAUUUGCGAUCUCUCGCAAAUCAGUUGCACAUCUCAUAAAAUAAUAUACAAUCGCUCAUAAAACAGUUGCAAUUUCUUGCAAAACCUUUGCAAUCUCUCGUUAAACAUUUUUGCUCUCUCCGAAAAGUAUUGUGUUCAAACUGAGAAACUUCGCAUUUGUGGGCAAAAAACUAAACAAAAACUUUGAUCACAGAGAAUGCAAAAGCAUUCAAAUACAGUUUUUCCUCCCAUCAGCAUGUCCCUUUAGGGUCACUGUAGUUUUUACUGCAUUUGGCUGUGAAAUAUGUUACAUUAAGGGAAUAAAUGCUUAGCAAAUGGCAUUUCAUGUUGACUUUAAUCAGUGCUUGAAAACUGUUAUCUGUGAUUAGUCACAACUUAAAAGAAACUAAGGAUCGUAUGAUGUUCUGCGUUCCCAGUAUCGUUUCCUUUGUAGUAAUCGUUGUGCCUUUCCUUUGUGCUCCUUUGUUCAUAGAUAGAUUCUGCUGUUACUAAAAAGCCCUCUCCAGUGAUUCUCACAUUGAUAAUGAACAUCGCAAACCUUCUAUUGGUCUGAAAUGAUCCAUUAGUUAUAAGCAAUGAAGUACGUCAGGGAUGUUUUAGUCGUCUUUCGGGCUUCGUUUGGACCCCGCGUGACGUUUGUAAACUGGGCGAUGCAAAAGAUGCAAACUCUUCAUCUGCAGGGUUGUUCACAUCGGCUCAGGUCACGUUGAGAAUUAUGAGCCUUUCGGGGAAAUUUAUUGUGAAGCAUAAUGCCUUGUUUUCUUUCUUUUUCGUGGCUGUCGGUUGCUAUAAACAUUCGAUGUAGAUGUCAGGUAUGCUCAUUGUUUCGAUGAGUGCCUUUGUGCUGUAUUUCAUGGGAUACGUGCUACAUAUACAUACACUGCGGAUGAAAUGCUAAUUACAGUAAAGCUGUAGUUUUAAUACAGAUUUCAAAGGCAUUUUGCAUUGUACGCAAUCAGUGUUGAGUUCUCUUUAAACCAGUAGGUUAUUUUGGGUGAAAUAGAUUUAAGCUCUCGCAUUACACAUCCAAUGGACACCUCGGUGUUGUAAAAACAUAUGUGUUGUAUUUAAAGAUAGAAAUAUUUAUAAAAUAGACAUAGGCAGGUAUCUAAAUGUCAUUAGCAACUUCAGUGCAUAGCUUGCUUAGACUUACAGCUAUGAUCCGAAACAUUUUAUUGGUUUAAACCAAUAAUAUUAGAUGGUUUUAUUACAUUUUACAGUUUAUUUUGCCUUAAAAAAUGACAAUAUUUUACAGUCGAGCCCACAUCGGUGUGACAAAUGUACAGUUACUACUUUCAUUGUAGAGUAACUUCACUUUCUUUUUCUUCUUCAGUAGCUACUGUGUUCUGCACUGUAAUUCAGAUUUAAAGAAAUCCAAAGGAUUACUUUUUGUUUUUUCCUCAAAAAUAUGUGGCCUAGCCCCUUGUAACACUUUACCUAGAAUGUGUGUGUGUGUGUGUGUGUGUGUGUUUUCCACUGAUGACGCAUACUGUAUUGUGUGAGGAUACAACCAACCGGUGUGUCAGUCACAUGACAAUCACUCAACUGGAAGUCAGAUCAACAGCAUUCCAUCUGAGAACUAUUUCUUACAAGUGUUUAUCAGUGUGUUAUCCAGUGUGAAUAUAUUCGAAUCGACUAUUUUACUGAUAUUGUCAUUUCAAUUCUUGUUGUUAUUAUAAUUGUUCUACUGUUAAAGGACAUUCUGCUCCUGUAUGUUGACUGUACACCAAAGUAAAAAACGAAACAAAACACAUUUUGAUACAGA